AUGUCCGAGCUAACUGCAGUCAUUACUAGCUUAAAGACUAAUAGAGCUCCAGGUAUUGACGAGAUCAGAUUCAAACAACUAAAGAACCAAGACUCCUACACCAUGUCUCCCAGGGUGCCCCACCACCGAGGGAUGUUGAUUGCUACUCUCUCUGUUGGGUUGGUAGCUCUGCUGCUGAUGAUAGUCUGGGUGUUCUUCUACCAGGGAGGAGUUGCAUGGAGCUCUCAGCCCAAGCAACAGUUCAACUACCACGUGCUGGCCAUGACUGUAGCAAUGGUGUAUUUUGUCGCUUUCGAGUUGAUGACUUUCCGUGUAUUACGGAAUGGAAGAAAGAAGUAUCUAAAGGUGAUUCAUGCUGGAUUUCUUGUCCCAAAUAUUUUCCUCUUGGUUGUUGGCUACUGGUCGAUUCUUGAUGUUCAUGCAGGAAGACCAAAUUUCUACUCUUUCCACAGCUGGAUGGGAAUUAUCACGACUGUCUUGUAUCUUGCUCAGGGGUUCAUCGGCUUUGUUUCAUUUUUAUGGCAAAAAACCAAGCCAACACAUCGAGGAGCUUAUUUGCCUUACCAUGUGUUCUUCGGCUUAACUACAUUCGUCUUGGGUGUAACUACAACUCUUCUAGGAUUGUUUGAGGAAAUAAAGAAAAUACCCAAGUUCUCAGAAGAAGCUAUAAUGAUGAAUAUUUGUGGGAUUUGCAUUGCUGUAUUUACUGCUAUGGUUAUUUUCUUCCAAACCAGGCCAGAAUACAAAAGACGACCGAUCCUUCAUGGUUAAGUUUCAUGUGGCUAAUAUCUCUACCCUCAUCUCUUAUUUAUGUUGUUUUCAAUACAU